GCUAAUUAAUGCUAUACACCUCCGUUAUCUCAUAUUACAACUUGCAGUAUCCAUUCCUUCUUAUCCUAUGGAUAAACACAUUUAAUUCUCCGUGUUUUAACUGCACAGAUACAUAUCUCAAGAAAUUACGAUAUCUUAGAUAUAUCAGAACGACAUCAUGGUGUUGAUCAGAGAAGAAGAGAUAGUGGAGGAGAUGAGUGAAGCGGAGUGCAAUAUCGACUACGAGAAGCUGAAGAAACGCAUGUGGAAGGACCGAGUCCUUCUGCAGAAGCUGAAGGAGAAGCGGCAGAAACAGGAACCAGACGUGGAAGCGAAACAAGAGGCAUCGAAGAGGAAGAAGAUGUCACGAGCACAAGACUCGGUUCUCAAGUACAUGGUGAAGAUCAUGGAGGUCUGCAACGCCCAAGGCUUCGUCUACGGCAUCAUCCCCGAGAAGGGAAAACCCAUGUCCGGUUCCUCCGGUAGCCUCCGCAAGUGGUGGAAGGACCAAAUCCGCUUUGACCAAAACGCCCCCGUCGCAGUCUCAAAGUACCUCCCACUCCUCUCAAAAGACAUUGACCUUGACAUUGCUUCCUACAUACACCUCCUCCAAGACUUGCAAGACUCAACCCUAGGGUCUCUUCUUUCCGCUCUCAUGCAACACUGUGCCCCUCCACAGAGAAGGUUCCCUUUGGAGGGAGGGCUUUCCCCUCCUUGGUGGCCCAACGGGGAGGAAAUCUGGUGGGGCGAACAGGGCCUUCUGGCCCAAGAAAACGGCCCACCUCCUUACAGAAAGCCCCAUGACUUGAAAAAGGCUUGGAAAGUUUCUGUCCUCGCCGCAGUUAUCAAACACAUAUCUCCAGAUUUUGAUAAACUCAGAAGGCUGGUGACUCAGUCCAAGACCUUGCAAGAUAAGAUGACUGCCAGGGACAGUGCCACGUGGUCAAAAGUCAUGAACCAUGAAGAGGCUUUGCUAGAUCUAACCGAGAAGUGCCUCAAAAUAUCUAAUGAUGAUGACAACCUUGAAGAAGAAGAAGAAGAAGAAGAAGAAGAAGAAGAAGAAGAAGAAGAAGAAGAAGAAGAAGAAGAAGAAGAAGAAGGGUUUUCUGGUUCUCAUGAACCUCAACUUUUGAAGAGGAAGGGCGCGUUUGGCUUUGGUAGUACUGAUGCUUUAGUGGAUAAGCUGUAUGCUUGUCAAAACGCAGGGUGUCCACAGAGUGAGCCUUCUAUGGAGUUUGCGGAUAAGAACUUGAGGCUGGACCAUGAGGCUCUGUGUGCUUUCCGAACAGUGGAUAGCGAUGUUCUUCCAUUUCACCGUUAUCUCUCCAAUGAUGCACCACCAAUCACAAGUUUGGAUGAUUUGAUGAACGUGGCUUUUCAGAAUGAUGUGAACCUUGGUGAGGCUGCUGGUGGGAGUGGCACAUUGGAAGAUGACCCUUGUUACUGGCUUAACGCCAUUGAAAAUCUUGAGUUGCAGGCUGCGUUAGAGUUGUUGGUGAGAGAUAACAUGGACUUUGCUCAAAAUGUUCCGGCGCAGAUUCCGCAGGGACAGGGACAAGAGGAUGCAGCCUCAGUUUGGGGCUUGGGAACCCAUCCAACGCAAGGAUAGUGCAUCUUCACUUUAACAGUGUUGAUUUUAAUGCUUUUGCUUUAAGUUUUAGUAAGGUACUGUGGUUAAUUAGGAUAUAUACAAUUAUUGAUCUUAUCAUAAUUACAGUCGGAGUAGUUACUACAAAAAUUUAAUGUAUUACUAGUUACUAAAUUUAGUAAUAUCAAAUUAUUUUUCUUUUUC